AUGAAGAAAGUUCAAAUGCUAUGCGAUUGGGAGUACAUGCUCGAAAUUGGGAGAACACAUUUACAAGAAACAAUACCACCGCAGCCUUCAAGUAUUUAUAUCAUAUGCCAUACGAGUGGAACCACUGGUACACCAAAAGGAGUUCAGCUCUCGCACUGCGCACUGUUGGCUUCAAUGGCUGGUCUGUACGUGCAGUGGUGUGUACCGCCGAAUGCGAUGACUUUUAACAACGAUGACAUUCAUUUAUCAUUCCUAUCGCUAGCACAUGUUUACGAACAACUUCUUGAGCUCUUUAUGAUCUACGUUGGUGGACGUGUUGCGGUGUUUGGCGGUGAUGUGAGCAAGUUGAUCAACGAUAUGCUCUUCUUCCGUCCGACGGUGGUGGCUCUAGUGCCAAGGAUCCUGAGCCGAUUUCACGACAGGAUAUUGCAGCAAAUGGAUGAGCAGAAUUUGCUGAAGCGCCUUCUGUUCCGAAUAGCUUUCAAGGUGAAAUCGAGAAUGUUUUCAAGAGGAACGCUGCGUUUCGAUACUGUCUGGGAUAAGUUCGUCUUCAAGAAGAUUCAUGCUCAGCUUGGAGGAAAGUUACGACUGUUGACAACAGGUGGUGCACCAACUUCGAAGGAGCUAAUCCGCUUCUCGCGAAUCGUUUAUGGAUGUCCAAUAUUUGAAGGGUAUGGACAAACUGAGUGCUGUGCGGCUGGUACUAUAACGUUACCGUUUGACAUCGAAGGCGGUCAUGUCGGAGGGCCAGCGCCAUGGGCACAGGUGAAACUGGUUGAUGUGGAAGAACUGUCGUAUAGUGCAUCGAAGAACGCUGGAGAAGUAUGCUUCAGAGGAGCGGCCUUAAUGAGUGGAUACUUCAAGGAUGACGAGUUGACGGCGAAAGUGAUCGAUGAUGAGGGUUGGCUACACACUGGCGAUAUCGGUGAAUGGCUUUCAGAUGGCUCGCUGCGGAUAAUUGAUCGUAAGAGUAAUUUCUUGAAGUUGUCGCAGGGUGACUUCGUUUCACCCGAAGAAGUGGAGAAAAUUUAUUCACAACAUCCAGCUAUUAAACAGGUACUUGAGAUAGUUUACGAAAUUUGA